AUGGAGACCAGCGGCGUGCAAAAGAAACGAGGUGCGACUGUCAAGGCUUGUCUCCGUUGCCAUCGACGCAAGCAACGAUGCGUCGGCUUCCCCGCCUGCUCAAACUGCGAAGCCGCCAACAUCCCCUGCAGCAGAAUCUCCACACCUUCGAUGAGACGUUUGGGCACACUAUCAAAGGAGGAGCUUCUCAACAGGAUCGAAAUACUGGAGAGCCAAGCAUCUAGCCGGACGACUUAUGAUGAAGGGAGCCCGGUCUUGUCACAGCAGGAUGAUGAUUGUGAUCCAAGUUACGACUCAACCCAAGAGCCGCCUCCACAGGAGAGGACGAGACAGACUCCACGAUUCUCGCCCGAAAUUCAUACGACCUUACCUACCACAAGAGACCCUCAGCAGAGAAGCAUCGCUACUAGUAAUGGGCUACAGGAGACACGUCAUCAGGAGACCAUAUGGAAGGCAGAUCCAGAGACUCGGCGGCAGAUCCUGACGACAUAUCUGGAAAGCAUGCACCGACGCGUGCCCUUUUGCGACUACACCGAAAUUCUUCAGACGAAUGAUUUAGGUUCUGGUGCUACAGCAUCGACAGACUUGGAUCGGGUGAAACUCCUCCGACUCUACAUGUCCUGUGCCAUCGGAGCGGCAGUCAUGCAACUCACUGGGGUCUCACCAGGACCACGUCCAGAAACCUACUUCACCAGGGCACUGGAGAUUCGAGAUUCAAUCGAGGCGAUGGACUUGGUCACACAAACCGAAGUGCUUCUUUGGACUGUACUCUACAAGCUCCGCGCCUGUUUCUCGUCCGAGGUCUGGUAUCUCAUCGGAUCCGCGGUGAGGACGGUUAUCGAUGCUGACCUCCAUCGAGAACAUCACUACGCCGGUCUCACUCCCGUGGCUGCCGAACGGCAUCGGUGUUUGUUCUGGGCCGUUUACGUCAUUGAGAGGAAUAUUUGCUGGUCUCUCAAGCGCCCGUUCAGCCUCUCGGACCACGAUAUAGACACCAAGCUGCCAGCGCCGACAACACACCCUAUAUCCCUGAACAAUGGCGACGUUUGCAGCUCCGAAUCACAAACCGAAUCGCAAAGGCCCCUUGAUACGAGGGUAUUUAUCUCCACAAUCCAGCUCGGCAGAAUCAACUCGAACGCUUUCACUCAGCUAUACCGAGUUGAUCGGGAAUCGAUAGACCGGGAGCAAAUUCCUCCGCUCCUCGACCGUUUAUACCAGUUCGAGGCCUCUUUACCGUAUUACAGUGCGCCCGAUUACGACUUUUUACAGCUACAUGUGAAGAAAUCGGUCUGCGUACUGAUCGAACCACUCCUUUCCACGUUGCAUCACUCGGACUAUCUGAUCAAGACGUGCCUGGAGGCGGCGGGCAGCGUGUGUCAGCUUUUCAAGAAGCUUCGGCUAAAACGUUGUCUUGGGUAUUCCUUCACCAUGAUCAAUUCGGUCUUUGUGGCCGGGGUAACGAUAUGCUAUGUCGUAUCCAAAGUCCCCAGUCUCUGGACUCCGGCAAGAGCAAACGACCUGCGCGUGUGCUCAUCAUCACUAUACGCCGCGGCAGAGCGAAACUCUGCUAUCCGCAAGUACUGCGAGACCUUGGACGCCAUCAUAGAAGCAGUCUCGGAAUACGUCGAGCAAGUAUUGAGUGCUCCCGGUCCUUUCACUGGCACCGGGAGCACCAUCAGCUCUCCAGCUGAGGACAAGAGUCCCCGCAACGCCUUUGAGAAACUUGGUCAUUCUCUCAAGGAGCUCAAGUUUGAGUUCCCUUCUCAUGCUUACCCGGAAUAUCGCCUGGAAGAUGGCCAUACGGAAGCGGCGACUUAUAGAAGGCCGGAUGUCGGCAAUCUAUACCACACAGAACAACAGAUCAGUCAGUCCCGAGAAGCGUUCAGUCUCGGCGACAAUACAAUGACCACUCAAGAUUCUACUAGGCCAGAGGCCGCGACUCAAGCAGAGGCUUCGCCUAACAUGUCGACUGAGAAGAUCCCCCAAGGUCAACCAUCUUCGGAGGCUCUCAUAGUUGCCGAUUGGACUCCAAAGGCCGAAGCCCACUUACGAAGAAAACUGGACUUUACCAUCCUACCCAUGCUCAUGCUGGGUCUCUUCGCUCUUCAACUCGACAAAGGAAACCUCUCCUACGCCCUGACUACGAGCUUCACAAAAGACCUUGGUAUCGACAAUAAUAACGUCAACUAUGGAAAUCAACUUAUGCUGGCCGCCAUCGUCGUCUUUGAGAUCCCCUUCAACAUGGUUCUUUCAAGGAUUGGACCCGCCCUCUGGCUCACCAUCCAGAUCUUUGCCUGGGGAACGGUUGCGACAGCUCAGACUGCGAUUCAUAACCUCGCGGGCUUUUAUGCGACGAGGUUCAUUCUGGGUAUGUGGGAGGCUGGAUACCUCGCCGCAUCGUUGACGAUUCUGGCGUCGUUUUACACUCGAAGAGAGAUGGCGAUGCGAGUGACUCUGGUGUACAUUGGCAACUACUUUUCCAGUGGCAUUGGUGGGCUUCUUGCAGGUGCAAUCUUUAAAAUUCCAGAGUCAUCGGGAUUGCAGAAGUGGCAGUGGUUGUUUCUUAUUGACGGCCUAUUUACCUUUGUCGUCGGGAUCAUGUUCAUCUUCUUGAUGCCUCGAUCAACAGACAACACAACUCCCCUUUGUGGUCUUCAAAGCCUGAACUUCUUUAACGACGAAGAGCGCCGAAUCCUGAACGACAGAGUCAUUCUCGACGAUCCUCGCAAGACGGUCCGCCUCGAGGGCAUCGGUCCCAAAAGGGUCCUACAGAUUGUAUUCACGAGCUUCCGCAUCUGGGGCCAUUUCGGCGUCAAUGUCAUUUCUCUCACACCAAAAGGAGGGCUCGGAGUAUAUUCACCCACCAUCAUCAAGAACCUGGGGUUUGAUGCCACCACCGCCUCUUUUCUCUCCUCUGUUCACAACUUCGGAGUCUGCAUCUUUGCCAUUACCGUCGCUUGGAUCAGUGACAAGACAUCCCGCCGAGGUCUUUUAUGUCUGAUCUGCGCAGUCUACUCCAUCAUUUUCUCUGGAGCUCAAUAUGCAGUCGUCAGGAGCAGCGAUAUAUGGCUCAAGUACGCUAUUCUCACCGUCCUCACAUCUGGGAUGGCUGUCUCCCAGAGCAUCAACGAUGCCUGGUUCAGUGUCAACACGGCUCACCCCCAGGAACGAUGCAUCGGCCUUGCCCUCGCUGUUGCUGGCUCCAAUCUUGGUGGUUUGUGCGGACAGAACAUCUUUGUCAAGAGCGAUGCGCCGUACUACUACCACGGAUUUCUCAAGGUGCUCUGUAUUUAUGCCGGAAGCGUGGUGCUUAUUGCUGGACUGAUGUUUUACUACUGGAACGAGAACCGGAAGCUUGCUAAGGAGACGAUUGCGGGAGAACUGGUCACUGAGCAUGGAGUAUCGGAACUCAGCCGAGAUGGUGGCAAGUCAAGGGUCAAGAAUCAGCUGUAA